AUGCGUUUUCCGAUAUUCCAGGGUGUAAGUGAAGGCAGCACCGCUACCUGUCUGGUAAGUCCAGCUGAUCUGAGUAGAAAUGAUUCAGAUCUGUCGAGCUGAAACUUAUCACGAAGGCGUUGACGGGCAGAGGGUAAAAUACCCCGAGACCUCAUGUUUUACAUUUUAAAUGGCAGAAAGGAAAUCAAACUUUUUAUCAGAGCUGUCUGUGUGGAGGAGAGCCUAAAAACGGCGGUAAGUUUUCAGUUAUUUCUGUUUCUAACGCAGGAGAUCGGACAGAAAUAUCUAUAACACUUGUCGCUGAGUUUUACUUGAAACGUUUGAAAACGGACCGUACUUCAGGCGAGAAGUAGGAAACUUAUAUAAGGCUAUCACAUGUUUUCAGGAAAUUGUGAGACACGCGACUUGGAUAUACAUAUUAAGUUUUUUAGUCUCAAAAUAACCACAAAUUUUUCAAUUUUUCUCUUGUGUCAUUGUUUUAAAAAAAGCUCCGUGUGUGAUCUAAAAUUCUGUAUCAUGGAUGUUUAGUACUGGUAGAUGUUGUGUUGACCUUAUUUUGUCCUGCCAUAGGAUCAGAAGUAGGGGAGAGUGGGGUACGUUGAGCCACCCCCGUUGCUUGGAAAUGAUAAAAGAAAUUGAUCAUGUGACCAAAUAUUUAGGAGAUGGGCAUCAAUUCAUGGAGUCUGUGAAGGUUAGAAGCAUAUGGGUGAAGGGGUUAGACAUUUAUUUCCAAAAAGAAACAUUUUUCACUCUUGAAAGUGAAUUUAGUCUGUCAUAAGUUUUAUUUGAAUUGUGUUCAGACCAAAAAAGAUCAUUUUAAAUUUGUUUUAUACAUCAAUUGUGGUAUCUAUGAGCUACAACAUGAGGACUAAUAAAGUCAUAAUAGUAGUUCUGGGGUUAGUUGAACCAGUGGUUCAAUUGAAAAAGUAAAUAAAUCUGAUGAGAGGAUCAGAGUUUCAGUUCAGAUUGUUGAAAUGUUUGACUUUUUCUUUUAAAAAAUACAGCUGUGAAUGUUCUGAAUUAUUAUGAAGACAGUUAUGUUUACACUCAUUCUGUUGGUUUGCAGGGAUGAACAACAUCUUGAAACAUAUGCAGAUACACGAGUUAGAGACAAAACUAUGAUCGCCUUGAUGUAGUGAUCUGAAAUAUGAAAAAUGGCUCAUCUUACCCCACUCUCCCCUAUAUGUUAUAUGAUGUUGAAGAGUCAGAUCUCUGUUUUCUUGUUGUUCUAGUAUUCAGUUUGUAUAUGUUUAUUAUUGAAAUGGAGGGGCUGAAACUGUUCUGACUCUCUUACUCAUGAUCAGUGUGUACAAACACACCAAGUGUUGAAUUAUUCAAGUACCUAUAGGCUUUUGUUUCACAACUGUCAGACAGCAGGGACGUAUUAAGACAUGAUUCUUGUUUCCUGUUUGCAGUGAUGUACACAGAGAGCAAUAUGUGGAAUGCCUGUGACUACAACCACAAUGUCACCUUCUUCUACAACUUCGUUGGUAAGAAAAUCAGCACUGAGUGGACAACUCGGGACUACGUGGUGAUCGGACUGGGGCUGACAGUAUGUGUCAUUGUAGUCCUGGCAAACCUGAUGGUGAUGGUUGCCAUCUUUAUGAACCAACGCUUCCACUUCCCCAUCUACUAUCUCCUUGGUAACAUGGCUGCAGCAGACUUGUUUGCAGGUGUCGCCUAUGCCAACCUGAUGAUGAACACUGGCCCCUGGACCAGCACGCUCACAAAAGAGCAGUGGUACAUUCGCGGGGCUUUAAUUGACAUCAGCUUGACGGCCUCUGUGGCCAACCUAUUGGCUGUGGCAGUGGAGCGCCACCAAACCAUCAUCACCAUGCAGCUGCACAGCAAGAUGACAAAGCGGCGCGUGCUGCUGCUGAUAGUCUUUAUCUGGGCCGUGGCGGUCAUAAUGGGCCUGGUGCCCUCCACCAUUUGGAACUGUGAGUGUGAUCUGGAAGACUGCUCCACCAUCGCGCCCCUCUACAGCCGUCGCUUCCUCAUUUUCUGGGCAGUUCUCAACCUGCUCACUUUCUUGAUCAUAGUGGCCAUGUACACCCGCAUCUUUGUCUACGUGAGAUUCCAGAGCAGAUACACAUCUCAACACACGUCUGAUACACAGCACAGUCAGACUGUUGUCAACCUGAUGAAAACCAUCUCCAUGGUCCUGGGUGAGAGUUUGUUGAUGUGUUGUUUAUGUACGGUAAUGUUUGUAAGAUACUUAAUUAGAAUAAAUUGGAUUAAUAAAGGAGCAUUUUAUCUUAAAAGAAAAAAAUACUAGAAAAAAAAGGGGGAUUUUUGUUUGUUUAUAACGCUUCAAACUUGUGUGCUCUCACUUCCUGCCAAAACCAGUUUUGCAGCUUUAACCCUGACUGUUUGCCAGACCUGGUCUUUAUGCAGAGGGCCCUCGUAGUGAGAAGCUAGUUUGGAAUUCAAAGUGUUACACAACGAAAUUGAAGUGUCAAUUCUUGUCACAGACUUUGUUUACUUGAUAUCACGAUCACCAUAGUGAUUAUGAUGCAUGAGUCAUCUGAACAGAUCCGAAUCUUACUCAGCACUGCUGCACUUACAAACAUGCGUUAUGUAAAUCCUUUUCUUAACCGUUAAUUAUUGUUGACUCUAUUUCUGACUCAUCCAUGUUCGCAGGUGCCUUCAUCAUCUGCUGGACGCCCGGCCUCGUGGUCCUUUUGGUGGACGGGAUUUUAGGCAAAGCCAGCAACGCAAACUCGUACGAGAAAUACUGUUUGGUGAUCGCAGAGUGCAACUCUCUGGUCAAUCCCAUCAUCUAUUCCCUGCGAGACGAGGACAUGCGAGGGACGUUCAAGAGGAUUCUGUGCUGCUUGUGUCACAGGCGGGGUGGCCGACAGAGGAAGCUGUCACACGUGGAGAUUGCUUCACCUCUGCCAGAGGUACAGAGUUGCAUCAUCUCACAGGUUGUUGACCUGUAGUAAACAUACAGACAGUAAAAUGUGGUUUAUUUCAUCUCCACACCCUCACUAAACACAGAGAAACAGCCAGGGAAUUUUGUAAGAGAAUAUGUAAAAGAGGUAAACCAACUCUGUUAAUCAUCCACAGUGAAACUCAGCUCUUCCUCUUUUACUUUGUUAGGUUUUGUUUUAUCCGUACAGUCUCUAACUUCACAUGUUGAAUAUUGUUCAGAUUUGCGGCACACAUUUCCCUUCACACUAUUUAUUUUCUGCAGGAAACGCUUGGCUGUAUCAAAAAGUCAGAAGAUCAAGCUGUGUGUGUGGAAAGAGACGGUAAAGAAGGCAGCUGGAUGAUGACAGGGACGUGA